ACAGUCUGUAGCAGGAUUUCUGGCUCUUUCUUGAUGCUGAUUGGUCAGGCAGAGGGGCUGGUGGGUGGGGCCACCAGUCAGAACAGCUGAGAUGAGCCCCAAUCACACCAUGAUCCUCCUUCUCUGCCUUUCUCGCUCCUGCAGCUUGUCGAAGGCCUAUACGUGGGAGUUCGGUGUCACAGCCGCUGCCUGUGGGGAUCUCGCCGCUGUUCUCAGAACCAGCCAGAGCCUGACAGAGCUGAACCUGGCGUAUAACAAACUGGGAGAUGCCGGAGUGCGGCUGCUGUGUGAGGGACUAAAACAGCCGAACUGCAAACUGCAGAAACUAUACUUGGGCACUCAGAGUGUAACUGAAGAAACACAGGCAAAGCUGGAUGCUGUGAAAAACACAAAACCUGAUCUGGUCAUAAAGAUAUGGAGCCACUGAACCAGUGAGGCUCUGACCUGGCUGCCCUGCCACUAGCUGAGGGAGCAGCUUGGCAGUGGGAGAACACCUGCCCCUGUUAAAAUUAAACUCUGCCAGCCCCAGGGACUCCAGCAGCAAAUGUCAACAUCUGUGGCAGUGGGGUGGGUAGAGAUUGUCAGGGCCUAUCUUCCUGCAUUGAGGCAGGAGACUUAGGAGUAGGAGCUGGGUUUGCUUUAUUCUCACUGUGCAAGGAGGUAUUUGU